AUGUGCAAGGAAACUGAUCAGUUUCAAGUCAAUGUGCUGGAAUUUGUUUCAGCCUCAGAAGCGCGUCUAAAAAGUAUUCUCGCAGCAACAAACAACGAUACCGUUCUCUCCCAGCUGCGGGAAUAUGCGCUGACCAGUUGGCCUGACAACAAGCACGAGGUUCCAGAAGUAAUCCGCCCCUACUGGCCUUAUCAGGAGGAGAUACACGCACAGGAUGGUCUUCUAUUUCGCAGCAACAAGGUGAUCAUACCAAGUUCGAUAAAAGCAGAAAUAUUGGCUCUUUUGCACGUCGCACACCCCGGUGCCGAUAAGAUGAAGGCACGGGCACGAAGCGUCAUGUUCUGGCCCUGCAUGGCAAGCGACAUAGAGCAAUUUUGCCGAAACUGCAAAGUGUGCCAGAAGCAUCAGCCACGAAACGCAAAGAUGCCGCUUUUGAGCCAUGAAGUUCCAAACUUGCCCUGGGAAGCUGUAGGAAUGGACCUAUUCUUUUACGGGGGCCGACAGUUUGCCAUUAUUGUCGACUUCUAUUCCUUCUUUUUUGAAAUAAAGGAAUUUCGCCACACCACUGCUAACCAGCUGAAGUCUUGGUGCGCCGAACUUUUUUCGGUUCAUGGAUUACCGCUUAAGCUGUGCAGCGAUAACGGGCCGCCAUUCAACAGCACAGAAUUCAAAGACUUUUUAUAUGGGCUCGGCAUUAACCACGUAACGUCAAGCCCAUAUCAUCCACGGUCCAAUGGUAUGACGGAGAGGGCCGUGCAAGAAGCCAAAAAACUACUAAAGAAGUGUUCUCUUAGAACGCCAGAUUUCCACAUGGCUCUGCUUGAAUGGCGUAAUACUCCACGCGAUGCUGUUUUGAAGUCCCCUGUGCAGAGACUGAUGGGAAGGCAGACGAGGACCCUGCUGCCUGUACCCGCAAGCCACCUGGUGCCGGAGAUUGUGCCCAACCGAGCCGUCCAUAACCGUCUCCAGGAAAUCCGCCAACGCCAGAGGAUCUACUACAACCGCCACUCCAGGAACCUGCCACCCCUGUCUCCUGGCCAGAGAGUGACUGCAUACGAUACCCAUGAGAAGACCUGGGCACCUGCGGUCUUUCUGAGGCCAGCUGAGACGCCGCGCUCCGUGGUGCUGAAGACUGAAGAGGGCCACGAAAUUAGGCGCACUCGUGAACAUCUGCGAGACGCGCCUUCACAUCCCGAAGAGAAUCCUUGUGCUGGGUCCGAACGACUAGACGACGCCCAGCCCGCCCAAGAGCUACGUAGAAGCACAAGGCCACGCCGGGAGCCUUGCCGCUACCCCCAACCAGAAAGACCAUUGUAAUUAUUUGCUUCCCUAAGAAAGGGAAGAUGUAGCAUGGCUGAGUCACUCUGACGUCAACAGCCAUUUUGUUAAAAUCACGUGACCUGUUACGUCACAAUUCUUUCCUAUAUGUACUUCGUUCCAACCGCAAUAAACGUUGUUCGUCACCCGACUGCCGGCCCG